CACGAGAGAUGACGCAGCCACCGCAGCAAGGAAUAACAGAACGAGGCUUAUCAGCAGCUUGGAAAGCAGCAAAAAUCAAUAAGAAAUUAAAUCUGAUUAAUCUUAAGCGUACAGGAUAUCUAGUGCAAGGAAAUUAACUGACUGAUGCGAUGGAGAACGGAAACCCUCCAGGUGCCCCAGAGCAAACGGGCGAGUCCACUUCAAAGUCGCGGGGUGAUGCCAUAUUGGCCGAACUUGAAGCAAAUAUGGGCAAAUUCGCGUCAAUUGCUACCAGUGUCAAGGACAUGUCGGCGAGCAUUGCAAGCUUAAGAACGGAUAUCAAUGAAUUGAAGCGGAAAAGAACGCCAGAUCAAGAUUCUGAUGACCAAGGACCUUCCUCAAAAAAGGAUCAAUCCGACGAACCAGAAGAAAUGGACUCGUCCGAUGACGAUGACGAAUUUGACGAUGAAUUGGAAGAAUUCCUGUCAAAUAAAAAACCAGAAGCUGAAGAAGACGAUUUCUGGCAAGACUUAAAUGACUUCGUAGCUGAAAAUGAAGACGUAGGCGAAGAAGUAUCAGAGAAAAUUGCGUCCAUAUCGCAGAAAGCGCUUCAAUGUAAUGCAGAUGAAAAGAAAAUCAAAGAAAUCAAAGAACGAAACAAAAGACCGAAAAACAUACCAAACCUCAAAAUUCCUCAAGUUGAUGAAUUUCUAUGGCGACAACUACGUGCAUCAACUAGAAACAAUGACUUCAUUUUGCAAAAAAUGCACAACACUUUGGCGUCGACGGCUGUACCCAUCAUCAAGGCCCUGGAUCAUCUGCAGACAUCAAACGACAAUAAGCUGAAGGCAUACCUUUCCGAUGCAUUCAAGUUGAUAACGAAUGGCAUAUCCAAGAACGUGGAGGUCAGACGAGAAAAGAUAAAAAGAGAAAUGGCCCCAAAAUACAAACACUUGGCCAAAUUGGAAAAAUCAGCAGACAAACUGUUUGGGGAUAAACUGUCAGACAACAUCAAGGCCGUUGACAACACGAAGAUUGUCGUGGCACAGACACAAACAUCCAACAUGCGGCCGACAGUAGGUCAAAACUUCCGGCAAAAGGGAAAAAAGGGUUUUUUAGGCCAGAGGAACCGGUGGGAACACAACAAUCCCACCGGCUACUACCCCCAGAGCCAGAAGAAGCCGAUGAGGAAGUAUUUUCCAGGCAAAAACAACAACAAAGCACAGAUACGGAAGAACUAAAAACAGGAGAAAAUCCUGUUGCCUCGGGUGCUGCAGAAAAUAGCUCAAGACGCCGCCGAAGCGGUGCUCGUGUGUCCAAUAUGGCCGACUCAACCAUGGUGGCCAAGCCUGGUGCCAAUGAUAUGUGCAGAGUGUUACCUACUUCCACAGUCGCAGGAAAUUCUAAUUUUAACACACAAACCCGAGCAAGUACAUCCACUU